UGGAGCCAGCUGGGCGCGGUGGGAUCUGGGGGCCUUGCUCCCUGCCCUCCCCUCCCCUCCCCGGAGUGCCCAGGGAGGGGCGGAGUGGGCGGGCGGGCACGCGGGCCCCGCCCCUACCUCGGGCAGUCACCUGGGGCCAGGCCCGGCAGGUGCCUGGGCUGCGACCUCGCCGCUUGUGGGCUGGGAGUCUGUAAGCCCGACGCCGACCUCGAGCUGCGAGCCGCGGGUGGUCUCGGGAGGUGGCAGCAAGCAGGGUCCCGCAUUCGGGAGGCGGCUGCGCCCAUCGGGCCUCAGAGGAAGGAAACACGCUUUCUUCGUCCCCCACUGUGCAAACGCUCCGGGCUAACUCACAUAACCUUUUGGUAUAGCACAAUGAAUUCAAGGGACCAGCAGUAACAUAAAAUAGGAGGACCAUUAGUCAAGAGGACCCCUUGGAGAGGAUGGAAAGUGCAGCAGUGCUUUAUCAUGCAUUUCAGCAGGUCUUCUUGAAAUAAAACUAAAACUAUGACAGCUCUUUCUCCAGAGAACUGUUCUUUUCAGUACCAGUUACACCAACCAGACCAUCCUCUAGAUGUUAAUAGUCUGUUGUAUUUGAUCAUACUUGGGAAAAUAUUGUUGAAUAUCCUCACACUAGGAAUGAGAAGAAAAAACACCUAUCAAAAUUUUAUGGAAUAUUUUUGCAUUUCACUAGCAUUCGUCGAUCUUUUACUUUUGGUGAACAUUUCCAUUAUAUCCUAUUUCACAGAUUUUAUUCUUUUAGGCAUUAGGUUUACUAAAUAUCACAUCUGCCUAUUUACUCAAAUUAUUUCCUUUACUUAUGGCUUUUUGCAUUACCCAGUUUUCCUGAUAGCUUGUAUAGAUUAUUGCUUGAAUUUCUUUAAAAUCAACAAGCUUUCUUCUAAGUGUCAAAAGUUAUUUUAUUUCUUCAUCGUUAUUUUAAUUUGGAUUUCAGUCCUUGUUUAUGUUUUGGGAGAUCCAGCUAUUUACCAAAGCCUGAAGGCACAGAAUGUUUAUUCUUACCAGUGUCCUUUUUAUGUCAGCAUUCAGAGUUACUGGCUAUCAUUUUCCAUGAUGCUGAUUUUACUUGUGGCUUUUAUAACUUCUUGGUCAGAAGUUAUUACCUUGAUCCAGGCUAUUAGGAUAACAUCCUAUAAGAAUGAAACUAUACUAUAUUUUCCCUUUUCAUCCCACUCUGGUUAUACUGUGAACUCUAAAAAAAUACUCUUGUCCAAGCUUAUUGUCUGUUUUCUUGGUACCUGGUUGCCAUUUGUACUACUUCAGGUUGUCAUCAUUUUAUUUAAAGUACAAAUUCCAGCAUAUAUUGAGAUGAACAUUCCCUGGUUGUACUUUGUCAACAGUUUUCUCAUUGCUGCAAUUUAUUGGUUUAAUUGUCACAAGCUUUACUUAAGAGAGAUCACACUACUUAAGGAUCCGUUCGUCAACUGGAAAUGCUGCUUUAUUCCACUUACAAUUAAUAAUCUUGAGCAAAUUGAAAAGCCUAUAUCAAUAAUAAUUUGUUAACAUUUCAUGUUAAAACUAAUUAAAACAGCUACAACAAGAAUCAGAAUUGUACUAGUAAGAAUGGCAACUGAGGACAUACCAGAAAAAAAAAAAAAAAAAAAAAAAGAACAGAAGCUCUUUUCCCCUUAACUUUUUAUAGGUUUUUUGGCAUAUCUUUUAGGGCUAUAUUUAUUAAGUAGUAUUUUCUUUUAAAAACAAAAUAGCCAAGAAGUUUUUAAAGUCUGUUCAGGAACACUAUAAAUAUUAAUUUGCUUAUUAAUACAAAAGUUAAAUAAUAACGUUUGGCCACAUUGAUGUUUGUAUUGCCCCCCAAAAGUGGAUGCAAAUGUUAUGUAAAUCUGAGAUUUCAUUACCAACUUUAAUAAACAUUUUAUCAAAUUUAGAGAAAAAAGUCAAGACUAUUUUAUUUAAAUGAUUUGGUAUAAAAUUUAAUGAAGGAGAUUGGCUCAUUUUAAUUUAGUUAAUUUAAAAAAUAUAUUGGUUCUUAAUGCAGAUAUUAUUGGAAGAAUUGGAAAAGAAUUUCAGCUGUUUACCCUGGGAAUUGGGAGUAGUGACUAGGUCUCUUUCAUGAAAUACUAGAUUCAUUUUCAUUUAUGUCACGUAAUUGCAUAUCAAAUCAUAAUCAUAUUAGCAACAUAUCACACUGUAAAGUAGGGUUUCUCAUUCUUGGUAAUAUUGAGGUUUAGGGCUUGAUAACUAUUGUGGGGAACUGCCCUGUGCAUUGUAGGAUGUUUAGCUGUAUCCCUGUCCUCUGCCCACCAGAUGCCAGUAGCUCUUCUUCCACAGUAAUGACCAUGAAAAAUGUCUACACAAGGCUAAACCUCCCUUGGUGGGUGGGCUCAACAGCUCCCAGUUAAGAACCAUUGGAGUAAAGCAAUGUGAGUAGCAGAAUAAUCUCAGUUCACUUUAUGAAUUAAGCUAUGUAGCUACUUUAAUCACCAUUUACAUAUACUAAUAUAUGUUGCAUGAAUCUAAACCAUUUUUUAAAAUUGGGGUUUUUUUCACAUUUAUAGUAAGAUAUAUAUUUUUUUACAUCAGGAGUGAUAUUCAUUUAUAUACAUACUGAAGUUUAUGUGUCAUAAAAAUAUUUAUCCCUACAUUAUACAUAAUUAGUGUCAUUUUUUACAAAUGCUAAUUGUAACCCAUUGAGUUCAUGAUCUACAAAUGGAUUACUUUCCAUUUUUUGAAAAUGUCCUAAAACAAGUGCUAUGGAGCACUAAUAACAGCAAAGAUUUAGGAAGCAUUGUGUGCCAAGAACUGUUUUAAGUAUUUUAAAUGCAGCAACUGAUUUAAUUCUUAAAACAACUCUCUGAUUGGUAUUAUUGUUAUCCGUUUUUACAGAUAAGGAAAUUAAGACAUCAGAAUUAAGAAACCCAUUUAAGAUCACACAGCUAAUGAUUAGGGGAGCUGAGAGUCAAACCUAGAGGUCUAGCUCCAGAGUUCAUGCUCCCACUCAUUGUUUUUCAAAAGAAUGGUUAGAGUCAAAUGUAAAGAAUGUGAUUUCCUAAUUAUUUUUCAGUUGAAAUUGCAGUGUCUUACAGAUUUGAGGUGCCAUAGUAAAGAAAAUCAUUUCCUUGAGCACACAUUUAUUUAGUUACCACUAGCCACCUAGGAGGACAAGAUGGAAAAUGCUGCUGGGAAUUUAGGAACUGAAUUCUGAGUACAGGUUGAACACCCCUACUCCAGGAUGCUCUGAAUUCUGAAACUUAAGCAUUAACACUGAAAAAAGUUUUGAAUUUUGGAGUAUUUUUGAGUUUUGAAUUAGAGAUGCUCAGCCAGUAAAGUAUAUACAAAUAUACCAAAACCUGAAAAGCUUUAUGGUCCCAAGCAUUUCAGAUAAGGAAUACUCCACCUGUAAUACAAAACCCAAUCUGAGCUAUUCUAAGAAAAAGCUCUUUAUUGGCAAGAUGAUGAUGUAAAAUACUAGGAAUUUCUCCAGUUUUGUCGGUGGGCAUUCUGGCUGCCAACAGCCAAGGACUUUUAUUCCAGUUUAAAGCACCUCCUAGUUUCAGUUGUAAACUCUCAGGAAAUGACUAUUUGGCUUGACUUGAAUCAUAUACACACUGCUGUGAUCACGGUCUGAUAACAGCAGACACUGAACAGAAGAGAACCACUAUACUGCAUGGUACAAUUUAAAAAAAGAGAAUACAGGGCUGGGGAUGUAAUUCAGGGGUAGAGCACUUGCCUAGCAUGUGUCAGGCACUGGGUUCGAUCUUCAGCUCCACAUUAAAAAACAAACAAACAAAAAAAUAAGUUAUUGUGUCCAUCUAUAACUAAAAAUAUUUUUUAAAAAUAGAAUUCAGGAAUAAAAAUCACAUGUUCUAUUAAAAAAACAAUGCAAAUAGCCAACUGUAUCCAAAGUUCAGUUGAAGUAAUCCUUUUUUCAAGUGAAUAGGGUAUAUAUUUAAACGGUUUGGAAAGGUCUAAACCUGGAUCUUCUUAUUUCAUUGUUACUUUUUCCUCUGAAUAUAUAUAUAUUGUCUUCCAAUUGGCCAUAAUGUAGAAAUGAAAUACUUUUAAACAUAUUGAGCUUAACUAGUAACAACUAUACUCUUUGCAGAUUUCAAAUCAGAAUUUAAACUAUUUACAAUCUCUCCCCAUAUCGCAUAAGCUUAAAGAAAAAAGAAUUCAAUAGACCAGC